AUUCCGGCAACAACAGCGACCAAACAAAAUGGCGCAAUGCAUGAGCAGCGCGUGCCGCUCCUCUGGACGCGUUUCCCGACAGCUAUUAUCGGGCUUUAAAAGGUCUCAGCGACUUCGAUUCUCGUCGCGAACGCUUCUAUCCGAGGCCUACUACUGCCGCGAUGCUUGGAACAAGCGAACGACCGAGGACCCGGUGCUACGCGACACGAGAGUCGACUCGUACUUCGUCGAGCUCAGCAAGAAGUUCGGCACCAAGGAGAAGGCGAGCGCCGUGGACGUGGACGUAUACUUGAACAAAGUGUCCGGCAGGGACUACACGGUCGAGUUCGAAACCGUGCUCAACCGACACCGGCGCUCGAGGCAGUCCGCCGACACGCUGCCUUCGACGCACGCAGCAGCGGUGCGCUUCUUCCUGGACACCGACCAACACGACGUCCUGAUGCGACUGCUCCCGAAUCGGCUGGAGUACGGCAUAUUCCCGGACACCCACACGUUUAAUAUUCUGAUGGACACAUUUGUGAAGUCCGGCAACCACCGAGACGCCGUCAAGGUCGCCAUAGAGAUGAUGCUUCAGGAAAGCACGGGCAACGACAUCAGCCGGUUGCUGGCGCUCUACUCCUGCCACAACUACCUGCGCGACCCCAAGCCGGAACCCUGGGACCCGAACGCCAAGAUACCCGAACCGGAGGAAGACGACGACGAAGAGAUAUUCGUACGCGUACCCAAGAUACCCAAUCCCUUCUUCGACGACCACUUCGACCUGAACGAGCCGGAUCACCUGAUAGGCAAGACGCUAAUGCUCUUCUGCGAAGGCGUUGAUGACCUGCUGCACAGGAGCUACUACCUAGUCGGCUGCGGCCUGUACCAGAAGUGGGACAAGAGCCUAGAGUUCCUCGAAGCUCUGCUUAAGCGCACCGGCGACGCGGGAGAACUGUUGGCCAGAAGCGCGCUGGAGAGCUUUCGCCAGUCCAUGAGCAAGGAGGACGGCGGACUGAAGGAAGACGAAGAGUUGCGACAGAAACUGGAGACCGCGCUGACGCAGUUGGAGGAUUCGAAACUGUGUUCGGACGCGAACGUUCACGAACUGAUGCUGGAAGCGCUGAAACAGCUUCCCGCCUUGGAGCCAGCCGACAUCGAAGCGCAGAAGCGAGACUUCCAGCUCUGGCAGAAGUUGAGGCACGAAGCGCUGGAAGAGCAGCGGCGGCGAAUCGACCGUGAGCAGACUAUAGAGGCCAUUAGGCGUCGCAGGAAAGAGCUGGGCGAGAAAGAGGAACUGCUGUACGCGUUCGAGAACUGGGACCAGCUCGAAAUGAAGUUGGCCGAGGUUGAGGUCGAGAUGAAGGAGCUUGCCGCCAAGGAGGACGUCGAGGAAGAGUACAUUCCGCCCGACAUUCGAAAGCCGCGUCCCGCUUGAAACACUGAAGGAGCGAACUUUGUUGUAGAUAGCGAGCGUGUAGUUUUAUUUAAAUAAAUCGUGGACGACGAUCGAGAC